AUGACGAUGCAUUCCAACAUCCAAAGUACUGAGUACAAACCAUGCAACUAUGCAAGAGAAUACAUGGUGAAGAAUCUAAUCCAUUGCAGCGCACAGUAUCGUCCAAGGAACCCCACCUCGGUGACGGAAUCCAAUCCAACAGUGUCAUUUCAUCGAACAGCCUGCACGCUGCUUCCGGGACGGCGGCACCUUGAUCCGCUCCCAAAGGAUCAAUGCCCUUAUGACCAAGACCGGCAUUGCGUCGAGCAGCCCGAGGGCAUCGACGAAGGCGCGAGGAAGAUGAACUCGGGGUCCCAGGUCACGGCGCGCGGAUGGUGGUGGUGGUUGGAGAGGGAGGAGCUACUGCAGAAUUCACUUGUGGUGCUUGCCGCCCGCCCGGCGAUCAGAGAAUGGCACCGAGGUCGCGGCCGAAGGGCGAUGGCACAGUGGCUAGCAGCGUUUGGUCUAUUCAAAGUUGCACGAGGUGUGUGGCGGUGGGAUUGCCGGCGGUGGCCGAUGGCGGCACGACCUCGGCAACCGCAUGCCGCCGAACAAGAGAUUUAUGAGUAA